UAUGACUACAAAAAGACGUUAUUCGCUAAGCGAAUCUCGUAUAGAGGAACACUUGCAAUUGCUGGAAGUAUUGGAUAAUUUACCACUGAUAGAUAGUUGCUGUGAUAUAUGUCAUUGUGAUUGUUACAGUAGUCAUCGCAGUGAGUUAGGAGAUGAGGAAGUAAAUGACAAGUAUACACAAAUCCUUCGCACGGAAGAAAAAGAAGACAAACACCUGUCUAAUUCGGAAGAUGAUAAAAAUAGCAUUAAGAAGAAAAAGGACAAUGCUUCCGUAACACCAUCGCCACCACCACCAGCAGAUAAAUACAAUAAAAUUGAGCAGCCUCAUAGUCUAACAACACUGCCGCCAACAAAAGGAACCCACAACGAAUCUCUGCAGCCAACAACCAAACAAGGACAUUGUAAAGAGAAAAAUUUGCGUAAAAAACACAAAUCAAAGAAACGUUCUAAAAGUGUUUGUGCACGUAGCCAAAGCCAGUGUUCUGAACAUUAUUAUACAAGAGAUUGUGAGAUUCUACAAAAUCUAUUAACAUCGCUGGACGAUAGAAACUUGUCCAAAUUAAAUGUUAAAGGAGUUACAAAACCACAGCCAGCCAAAAAUAAACAUAUAAAAUCUUCCAAAACACUAGCCACAUCCACAAAACAACAGCAGCAGCAACUAAUGUCUUCACAUCAUUUUGAUAGCACCAACACCUCCACCUACAAUACUUUUGCUCCAAUAAGGCUUUCCGAAUCUAUGGCCAAUUUGUGCUUGGUACCCAGUGUUAGAGAGGCCUACCAACAAGUACCAGCACACGAUAAACGAAUUUUAAAUCGAAUGGCCACCAAACGCAAUGAACAGGCGGUUUCCAAAGAAAAUGCAUGGUUAGCCAGGAAAUACUGGGAGAAUGAACGUUACGAACGUGAACUGCUCAAAUGCGAACAAAUGGAGGAAUACAAAAAAGCUGUGCGCGACAAACAAUUCCAAGACUAUCUGCAAACAAAGGCUCGUCUUAAUGAAAUCGCCCAACGGGAUUUAUGCGAACUGCAACGACUCCGAGAAAGCCUCCAGCAGAAAGAUGAUCGUGCCAAGAAACGCUUACAAACGCUACGCAUCGAAAAGGAACUCUCUGUCAAUCAGAAACGUUGUGAGGAGCUGCGCAAAGCCGAACAUGUAAGCAUCAAUCAGGAGGAAUUGAAUCUCGAUGAAAUGUUGAAGAAAAGUGAAAUAUGUCAUCGGCUGACAGAACGUCUUAAACGUGCCGAUCACAUACGCAAUGAAAUAUUGGAGAACUAUCUGAAACGAUUGCGUUACGACAACUACAUAGAACAGUUACAACACGAAGAACAUUGGCGUGAAAUACAGCUAAGUGAAAAACUCAAACGAGAACAGCUAAAAGAAGAAAUAUCUCGUAAACGAUGCCGAUCACAACAUUUCGUUGAGACAAAACAAAAACACAAUGAAUCGCUAAAGAGAACAGCAAAGCUAUCGAAAAGUCUUCGAGAUUUAGUUCGGUCAUCGGUGACACCGGAUACAGGUGUUGCGCUUUAUGGUGGCAAUAAUGCAACAACCCUAAACAGUGUUCAAACAGCAAAAUUAUUAUUUGAUCGUAGGCCAUAUUGA